GGUCUCCAUCACCCAGCCGCGUGCUCCGAGUCCUGCUCCCUGCGCAGGCCUCCCCUGCUCGCUUGUCUGGCCUGCUGCUGGUCCCGCCAGUACAGCCCUGCUGUUUGGGGCCCAGCAAGUGGGGGGAGCGGCCCCUUGGAGGAAGUCCCCAUGCAGGCCCUGUGCAAGGACUGCAGCGGCUUCUGGAACAGGCGAAGAGUCCUGGGGAGCUGCUGCGCUGGCUGGGUCAGAACCCCACCAAGGUGCGCGCCCACCACUACCCUGCGGCGCUUCGGCGGCUGGGCCAGCUCUUGGUGUCUCAGCCUCGGCCCCCGCCGGUGGAGCAGGCCACCCUGCAGGACUUAAGUCAGCUCAUCCUCCGAAACUGCCCCUCCUUUGACAUUCACACCAUCCACGCGUGUCUGCACCUUGCAGUCCUACUUGGCUUUCCUCCAGAUGGGCCCCUGGUGUGUGCCCUAGAGCAGGAGCAAAUGUUCCGCCUCUGUCUGAAACCACCUCCACCUCUACUGCCUGCCCUCCAAGGUGGGCAAAGACGAGAAGCUGCUCUGAGCGACCCUCAGUUCCUGCGGUACCCACGGCAGCAUCUGAUCAGUAGCCUCGCAGGGGCAAGGCCUGAGGAGCUCACACCCCACGGGAUGGUGCUCCUGGCCAAGCACUUGGCCCGGCACCGGUUGCGGGAGCCCCAGCUUCUGGAAGCCAUUGCCCACUUCCUGGUGGCCCAGGAAAGCCAGCUCAACAGCAAGGUGGUGCAGAAGCUGGUCCUGCCCUUCGGGCGGCUGAACUACCUGCCCCUCGAGCAGCAGUUCAUGCCCUGCCUUGAGCGGAUCCUGGCACGGGAAGCGGGGGUGGCACCCCUGGCCACAGUCAACAUCUUGAUGUCACUGUGCCAGCUGCGGUGCCUGCCCUUCAGAGCCCUGCACUUUGUCUUCUCCCCGGGUUUCAUCAAGCACAUCAGCGGCACCCCUCAUGCUGUAAUCGUGCGGCGCUACCUCUCCCUGCUUGACACAGCUGUGGAGCUGGAGCUCCCAGGAUACCAGGGCCCCCGCCUUCCCCGGAGACAGCAGGUGCCCAUCUUCCCACAGCCUCUCAUCACUGACCGUGCCCGCUGCAAGUACAGUCACAAGGACGUAGUAGCUGAGGGGCUGCGGCAGCUGCUGGGGGAGGAGAAAUACCGCCGGGACCUGACUGUGCCUCCAGGCUACUGCACAGACUUCCUGCUGUGUGUGAGCGGCUCCGGUGCUGUGCUCCCAGUGAGGACCCAGGACCCCUUUCUACCUUACCCACCAAGGUCCUGCCCGCAGGGCCAGGCUGCCUCUAACCCCACAACCGGAAUCCCGGCCCAAAGGGUGGUGCUGAUGCUGCGUGAACGCUGGCAUUUCUGCCGAGACGGCAGAGUGCUGCUGGGCUCCCGGGCCCUGAGGGAGCGGCACCUGGGCCUCAUGGGCUACCAGCUUCUGCCGCUACCCUUUGAGGAACUGGAGUCACAGAGAGGUCUGCCCCAGCUGAAGAGCUACCUGAGGCAGAAGCUGCAGGCCUUGGGCCUCCGCUGGGGGCCUGAAGGGGGGUGAGGGGCGCACUUGGGGCUCAAGAUGGCCCCCCCAUGGGGGGUGGACAAUUUGCACUUUGACUCAUGUUUUGCUUUUUCAUUAAAGUCCCCUUCCUUGCC